AAACUGUGUAGAUGUGGUGCGUUCAGGGUCUCAUGGUCUCUGUUGACUCACUGUGAUUCACAUGUUUACUGCAGACAAAGUGUGUACUGUCUCUUUAAGGUCAGUCCAGGUCACAGUUUCAUAACCACAGAGAGAAGAACAGUCAGAAACACUGAGAGUAAACUGAGCAGGUAUCCACACUGCACAUAUAUAAAGUGAGUACAUGCAGGGAGGGAGCUUUAAAGGGACGCACAGCAGCAGCAGGACCAGGAUCAGGAUCGUCAGUGAGGCGGGCUCUGCAGGGAGGAGGAGGACAGACAGGGAGGCUUUGUGGUCUCUGGGACAAAGAGCUGUUCUCAGUUGCCUGUCGUCGUUCCUCGGAGUCAGACUGAACCAGAACGGACUCCAGCCAGCCUCUACCGGACACUUUACCGCUCACACCCGUCUGCUUCACCUGGUCUCAGCACUCACCUGGUCCCUGGUCUCAGUGCUCACCUGGUCUCACUGCUUCACCUGGUCUCAGCGCUCACCUGGUCUCAGCGCUCACCUGGUCUCACCACUCACCUGGUCUCAGCACUCACCUGCAGGGAGACGUCAUGACGCGCUGCCUCUGGGUCCUGCUGUGUGCAGGGAUCCUUCAUGUGGGUUCUGGACUCCGCUGCUAUAAGUGUGCAGACUACACGGGCCGCUGUGAGAACGUGCAGGAGUGCACGUAUGAAGACUCGUGUAUAUCUCUGAGUGAGAGAGGUGGGAAAACGAUCCGUCAGUGCAUCAGGUACACAGACUGUGAUAACUCCCGUCUCAGUCAGAUGUUCCCGGCGAUCUCUGGCUUCACGUACCGCUGCUGCAGCAGCAACCUGUGCAACUCCAGCAACGCCGUCAGCGCCGCGGCGUCCAUGCUGGCCCUGGUGGGGUCCCUGCUGAGCAGCUGGUGGUGCUGCACCUGAGAGGAGCCGCAGGUCACGGGAGGUUUCUGUUAACAUGAACUAAACUAAGAGGUUGUAAAGGAUGAUGUUGGCCCUCACAGGUUCUCAGGUCAAAGAAGGAUUUUUCACGUUGUUCGCUAAUUUUCACUUUCUUACUUGUUAACAAUAAAAACACCAAAACAAGUCA